CUCAGAGGCAAUAACAACAUAUAUACAGAAGAAGAAAAAAAAAUCAGAAAAAAAAUAAAUACAUACACAAAAAAACAAUAAAAACACACAACUAAACAACAACAAAAUAAUAAAAAAAAUAAUACAAAUAUUUAUUUAUUUGUUUAAUAAAUUAUUAACCGAUAAUAAUAGUAAUAAUAAUUAUAAUAACAACAACAAAUAAACAGUAAUAAAUUAUUUAGUUGAUGAAAUAUUUUGCACAAAUUUGUUGACUUUAUUUAGAGUGAUUUUUGGGUGUAAUUUUGUUGGUAAUGACUUUGAAAUGAAAAUGAAAUGUUAACAUAUUGUCAGGAUUAUUAACAAUAUUCGAAGCUGAAAAUAACAAAUUAUUAAUAAAAAACUAAAGAAAAACAACAAAAAGGGAAUUUGUUUAUCUAAAUAAACUCCCCCACUACAUCUACUAGACUUCUAGAACCAUAAACAUUUGUACAUAAGUCUUUGUGAGAGAUUUGAGAUUUCCUUUUCCUUCAGCUCUGAAUAAGUUUUCAUUCUUUACUACAUACAACUAAAGUUUCUCACCAUGGAUAUUGUUAUACGUGAAGAAGACAUUUCAUUGGGCCAAGUGGGUAUUUAUGCAUCCUUGUCAUUUUUAGUGGUUUCAGUAUUGGGUUUGGGAUUUUAUGCCACUUGCUCGAGAAGAUAUCGUUUGAAUUGGUUUGAGAAGACUCUCUUAGAGUCAGCUAAUAACAAAGAUGAUGAAGCCGAUUGUAGAGAUGCCUUGGUGGCAACGGCUUCUGGUUACAAUGUGGAUAAUAUUAGUGAAUGCUCACGUUCUGUGGCCAAGGGCAAUGUUACACCCACCUCUAUAAAUACCGAAGAUCCCACUUUUUGGGUGCCACCACCUUCGAAGACCAUACAACAACAGGUUUCCACUUCGGCUGAUGAGUCGCCACCCUCAACACCCACCUCCCCAACAGGCAGCUUGAAGUCCAAUACUUUAUCGAUGUCGUCCUGUAAUUCCGUGCCUAUUGCUCGUUCCGACAAACAUGUGGUGUUGGCUAUGAAUCCUGCACGUCCCAAGGUUUCCUCGAUGAAUGCCAAAUUGGAUCAUACCAAAAUCGACAUGUCACUAUAUAGAACGAACUCUUUACAAAAGGGUCCAAAUCCAAUUGAGGACAUUAAGGGCAGCAUUCAUGUCAGCAUAGUUUAUGAUCCUCAUGCUGGCAUUUUGUCGGUUCGCUUAAUAGAGGCUCAAAACCUUCAACCUCGCGAUUUUAGUGGCACUGCUGAUCCUUAUGCUAAGAUACGUUUAUUACCCGAAAAGAAGAAUUUCUGGCAGACUCGUAUACAUAAGAAGACUCUAAAUCCAGUGUUCGAUGAAGACUUCGUUUUCGAAGAAAAUCCCAAUGCCAUUGAUAAACGUACCAUAGAAAUUUUACUAUACGACUUUGAUGCCUACUCCCGUCACGUUUGCAUAGGAGGAGCACAAAUUCCUCUAAAUAAUUUGGAUCUAACUAAAAAGGAAAAAUUCUGGACACCUUUGGGAACAUGUGCUGAACAAGACAUGAAGGUAGAUUUGGGUGAUGUCAUGAUUACUUUGGCCUACUUGCCCUCGGCUGAGCGUUUGACAGUGGUGGUUAUAAAGGCUAGAAAUUUGAGAAUUGUAGAUGAUUCACGCAACUCCUCGGAUCCCUAUAUUAAAGUGACUUUAAUGGUGCCGGGUAAAAAGAAUAAAAAACGUAAAACGGCCGUUAUACGCAACAAUAUCAAUCCGGUGUAUAAUGAAGCCUUGACAUUUGAUGUGCAUAAGGAGGCUUUGAAAAAUGCCACCAUAGAGUUGCAGGUGGUGCAUGAUGGUUUAUUGGGUUCUAAUGAAAUUUUGGGCAGAGCUAUUAUCGGUUCGGGUCAUGAUGUUCGCCCCGAUGAGAAAAUUUUCUUUGAUGAAAUGUUUCGCUCUAAAAACGCCACUGCUCAAUGGGUGCCACUGCAAGAUGUUAAUAAUGCUCGCACUAACAGUGGUAAUUAAAUUGGAAUUUAUUUGUUAUGUUAGACUAUUUGCUAUGGUUUGUGUCUGAACUAGAAAAGGUUCUUAACUAAACCGAAAAAACAUGGAAUACCUUCCACUCUUUGUUGUCUAAUAUAGUUUGAGAAUCAUGGCAUUUGAUUAGUGCUGCUGCUGAACUACUAAUGUUAAAUAACAUUUCAACUGUUAAAGCUGAUUAACAUUUUGUGUUUUCUCCCAAAAUACUUGAAUCAGAAAUUGUUGUUAGAAAAAUGUUAACCAAAAUCAAAAUUUUUGCAGGGAUAUUCAAUUCAUACAAGAGAAUAAUUUAAAAUUAAACCUUAAAACAAUUAUUAAAUGUGCUUUAAUCUCGGAAAUCGUAAAAUUAUUUAAAUUAAACAAAAUCAAAUUAAAAGAAAAGAAAAAUUGGAUUUUUUUUUUAUAAAUUAUAAAUAUAAUUGGUUUUUUGCUAUUGAUGUUUAUAAACAAUUACUAUCACAUACAUACAUCCACUUAUAUACUUAUAAAUAUUUAAAUGUUUUUUAUGUAGUAGUUUUAGCAACAAAUAAAAUAUAUAUUUGAAAUGAAUUUAAAAGAGAUUUUGUCUACAUGUCCAUAAGUACCUAAAAUAGUAAAACUUCUUUGUAACUUUAAAUCAAAUCGAACAGUAUUUUGUCAGUAUCUUCUGAACCUGAUGAGGGUGGAAGAAAAAAAAUAAAUUUUUUAGUAAAGUUGGUUUCCUUUAAAUGUUAAACAAAAAUGAAACAAAUAUUUGCCAGUACUUAAGUAUGACUACAAUAAAUAUAUAUUUAAAUUAAUGGUUUAUAAUAUAAAUAAUAUAUUAAAUUGACUAUAUAUAACCAUAGAUACUACAAGUACAUAAAACACUUAUACUAAAAAUACCAAGAAAAUAUUCAUAUACUU